AUGCUGAAGAGUAAGCCAAGAAUCCACAAAUUCCCAAGAACAGAUGGACCUGAGCCUAAUAUAGGAGAGGUUCAGAGGAUAGAGGAUGGAAGUGUUCUUGAGGUUGAGGGAGCAGGACAAGUUAAGUUGAUGCAUACCCCAGGACAUACCCAGGACCAUGUGGUGGUUUACCUUUCGGAUCUUCAUGCUUACAUGAUCUCUUUACAGAAGAUUCUUGAUCUAUCUCCAUCUCAAAUAUACCCAGGACAUGGUCCUAUCAUCCAGGAUCCUAUACCGAAGAUUGAGUUUUAUAUAAAGCAUAGAACGGAGAGAGAGAAUCAGAUCCUUGCUGCCCUCUCCUCUCAACCUCAACCUCAGACUCCCGGUCAGCUUGUCAAGAUCAUUUAUAAGGAUACUCCUGAGCACCUACACCUGGCAGCUGAGAAUAAUGUAAACCAUCACCUUUCUAAACUUCUGAAGGAGAACAAAGUAGAGAAUAAGGAUGGACUUUGGCGUACAUGUUAG